UGGAGUACAAGCAGAGACAAGAAAGAAGCUGCCACUCCACCCUGCAACGUCUGCCUGGCCUCUGCUUCCCAGCCAGCUGCUUGACGCCCACGGCCAAAGGCAGGAGGAGAGCAGGGAGCCUGCCCAAGGUCGCGUGUCCAGGAUCCCAUGGCAAUGGAUUGGUGGAGGGACAAUUUCUGGAUCAUCUUGGCUGUGGCCAUCAUCGUUGUCUGCGUGGGCCUGAGCAUCUUCCUGUUCUGUGUCUGUAGGUGUCUGUUUAGACAAGGCAAGAAACUCGAAAUUGCCAAGCCCUUGAAACAAAAGCAGAGAGAUGAAGAAACGAUGUAUGAGAAUGUUACCAAUCAAUUCUCAGUUCAAUUACCCCCUCUGCCACCCAGGGGUGUGCUUUCUCCAGAAGUUGCCUCCCCACAGGAAACCCCAAGUCGGCCACCAGCUGCAUACGCAUCAGUACCUAAAGUUAGAAAUAAGAAGACAAUGGCCGUCCCAAGCUAUAUUGAGCCUGAAGAUGACUAUGAUGACGUUGAUAACCCUGCACAUAUGGAAAACCAUCAUCUUGAAACAACCGCUUCUUCUUUUUGACAAGCAGAAGAGGGUUCGUUCACACAGCUUAUUUUAAACCGUCAAGAAUGGUCGAACUUCAGUAGGUAUCCAGGUCCGAAAGCCAGUGGUAAUGGUACGAGCUCUGUAAGAUAAGCACUUCCUGAAUCGUAGAUGAAGAAGCAUCAGUGAUCAGAUAAUCGCAGCCAGAGGAAAGACGCCCAUGCUCAGCUCUGAGGAGUCAGUCCUUGAGCUUCUGCUGAGUGAGGUUCCAGGCGGGGGACCACUGGGUUCCGCCGUCCCCACCCGUGAGGAGACACUCAAUUCCCGGCACUCUUCCCCUGUUUGUGUGGUUCUAAGUGAUCUUAAAACUUGGUGUUUGAUUGUACAGAGCCUCCCAGGCUCCUAGCCCCAGCACAGCCCUCACCAAGCACACGUCUUGCCCCCCACGCCCCAUCUCCCACACUGAGCGGCUACGGGUGGUAGUUACAGCUAAGCGCUCUUGCGCGCAAGCCACCCGUCACGCCUUGUGUGUCCUUCAAGGGUGGGGGAGUGUUUUUGUUCUUGUGGACCCUCUCCACCUACACAAUCCCAAACCCCAGGGCCUUGCUAUGAUGUCAGCCAAACUGACCACAGAGACCCAAGUUCCCAGCCAGCGUUUUUCCACUGCUUGCCAGCUGCACCAUAACAAUCAACAAAGAACAGAAGUCACCUUCCAGACCACAGGACAGAAGUUACCCAUAGAGGUGUUCAUUUUGUAUAUUGGGGGAGCUACAGGGAAAGUAGGUUUCCCCAGGAAAAAUCAUGGGGAACAGGAAAGAAAGGGGUGAUUACGUGGCAGAUUCAAGAUGAGAGUUCAGGGGGCUAAAUACCCUCCUCCGAUAUUCUCAUUACUGUUUCCUCCCUUGUGUAGAGUUCAAGGCAAACAGUGUCAAGCCCCUCCCUGCCAGAUCCCUGUCCCCAAGUGGCCGGGAGGCAGAAACUCCAAUACAAUAUGCUGCAGCUAAUGACAUGCCCGGGGAGCUGGGCUGUUAUCCUGUUAAACAAGCGUCCUAAGGGGUCGCCAAGGCCCAUGUCAGCUUUGGAGGCCCUGAACAUCAUCGGUCCCUUCAGGUUGAUCUGCUAGAGCCCGAGGACUUGACACUUCUUUCUAACCAAACUCACAAGAUGCUGACUUCUAAGCGACCCCUGGGAAAUCCAGCUAACAGGCUUGCAGGGAGAGCACCAUGAAUGGUGAAAAGGUGACCCUUGGACUGAGCUCCUCCUCAAGAGAUGGAAAGUAUGUUCCUGCCAUGUUUAAGCUUCCGCCCUCAACCACUGCAGGAGCAGUGGGAACGUGUCCUUCCUCCCCAGUUCUCUCUUUCUAGACUCCAAGGAAACUUCCAGCCUCUUAUAAUACCUCCUUUCAGGUCAGUGGUUCUCUAACUAUGGCCUUAGGGAACUCUGGUAUUCCGUGAGCCAAAGAGAGGACUCGUUUCUUAAAUUACAGGAAAAAAAAAAAAGGCUAAAGGAUAAAAGGGUUUCCCAUGUAUGCUUUCCCCUUGUAAAUUGUCUGUAAACCAUCCACAUCUCUGCCAAAAGUUAAAAGUAAAUACCAGAUACGUGUUAAUUCCUUCUUGGUUUCUGGCCACCGCCAUCACCUGGUUCUCCUCCUGCCUGACUGGCCUGUCUCCGCCUUAUUUGCGAGCCUGCUUCCUCUGAAGCCUCUCUUCAAUGCCAGUCUUUCUCAGGGUCCUGUCCCUGUCCCCACCCCCAUCUCGCUCCACACAUUCAUGAGUGACCUCACUGACACCCAGGGGCUCAGUUUCCCCUCUAUCAUGAAGACUUCCAGUCGCAGGCUCCAGCUGCGCUCUCUCCUCAGUUCCAGACCAAGUCGCCCCCAGGACAUCUCCGGAUGCCUCUCCCAUAGGCCCUGCACAGUCAACAUACGUUGAAAAGAACUGACUACCUAUCCCCACUUCCAAACUUCUGGUGCUCUGCUAUCUUCUUCAUUGUUGACGUCAGAAACUAGCAUAUGUCUGGAGUCCUUCUCUCCAGUGUUCCCCACUUUCUGUUGAUUGUGCCUCUCAAUAGCUCUCUGAUCAGUCCACGUUCUCCUUGGAUGUUCCUAGGUCAUUGCCAGCAUUUGCCAAUGAACUUCAACAGCCUCCCAAUUGGUCUCCUGCCCCUGGCGUCUCACCCUCCAAUCCCCUUUCUACAUGGCAGCCAGUGACUUUCUUAAGUGAACAUCUGACCACUUCAUUCCCCUGCUUAAAUCUCUUCUUUACACAUUAUCAUCAGAAAAAGCCCAAACUCCUUAACUCUUGGGUUACCAGAUUUGUCAGGCUCUGGUCACUGGUUAUUUCCUGCCAACGCUCUCCUUUCCCACCACCUUGCAACUGCACUCCACCAGUUUUUUGCUCCAUCCACUUAAAAUGACUUUGUCCGUGGCCUCUCUUGCCCCUGUGACUAUGCACAGUACUGUCCCUUUGGUCUGGAACAUUCUUCCCCACCUUAUGAUCCUUCCCAUCUCUGCUUAGAGCCUUACCUCACCACCCCGAAUUUGGGUUUAGUGCCCUCUUAGAGGCUCCCUUCUCAUAGCAUUAGCUGUAGCUACCUGUUUACCUGUCUUUUCUCUCCACCAGACUGAAAGCAACAUGAGGACAGGGACUGUGUCUCUCUUUUCCCCACUGUUUCUCUGUUCCUAGCACAGUGCCCAGGAACAUUGUAGAUGCUCAAUAAAUAUGCUGAAUGAUGAUUAACUGAAUGAAUGAAUGAACUCCUCUGGGAUCCCACUGCUCCCCCUGUACUUGGCCCUAAAGAAACACUUCUAGCUCUGCAUUAUAAUUGCCUAGUUACUUUUCCAUCCUCCUUCCUAAUCUGGGGGUUCUUUGGGGUGGAAGCUAUCUGGCUCACUGCUAUAUUCCCAGUGUCCAUCUCAAACCCUAGUACAUAGUAGGCACUUAAUAAAUAUUUACUGAAUGUUUAUCAUUAAUGGAAAACCUACCAGUCUGACGAAAACAAAUUAUUUUCCUCUGGGUGUGUGUAACUUGGUUGCGAUUUUU